AUGGCUUCUAUUUCCAAGUUCCCUUCUGCAGGUCUAGCCAUUGUUAUCUUGAUGGCUAAUUUGCAUGCUCUAUGUUCCACCAGUCUGCCAACAAUUACAGCUUCUCCAGCCGUUUCGCCAUACGAGAAGAAUGCACCAAAUAUGUCUUCAUUCUUUCCCAACUCUUCCUCUUCAAGUGCUCCCCUUUCUCAAUGGCCUCUGAGUUCUCCCAUUCCACAAGCAUUUGCACCUGUCCCGACCUCAGGGGAAUUUGUUGGCAAGUUGGAGUUAGCGGGAAUGAGGUUGUCUCUCAUCAUCAAACGCCAAUAUUCAGCUUCAACUAAACCCAACCCCAACCCCAACUCGAACUCGAACCUCACAGCGUGGUUCAACAAGUACGUGGACAAAACCGAUGUCUCUUCCUGGAACUCAGUUAUUGCAGACCUGGCUCGGAGUGGUAACUCCGUCGAAGCCCUCGGAGCCUUUUCGUCAAUGCGGAAGCUCUCUCUCAGACCCAACCGCUCCUCCUUUCCUUGUGCUAUCAAAUCCUGCUCGGCACUGUUGGACGUUCACUCCGGCAGGCAAGCUCAUCAGCAGGCCUUGGUCUUCGGCUUCGAGUCUGAUCUAUUCGUCUCCUCUGCUCUCAUCGACAUGUACUGCAGGUGUGGUUUAUUGAGGGAUGCGUGGAAGCUGUUCGAUGAAAUUCCUCACAGAAAUGUGGUGUCUUGGACGUCCAUGAUCACAGGCUGCUUGCUAAACGACCACACCCGCCAAGCAUUGUUGCUUUUCAAAGAGUUGUUGGUUGAUGAGUUUGACAAUGAGGAUGUUGAUCUAGACCCGGUUGUUCUGGUUUCGGUUUUAUCGGCUUGUUCUCGUGUAUCUAGCAAGGGACUUACACAAUGUGUUCAUGGUUUGGUGAUGAAGAGGGGUUUUGAUGGGGAUAUAGGUGUUGGGAAUACAUUGAUGGAUGCAUAUGCCAAAUGUGGCGAGCUUGGUCUGUCUAGGAAGGUGUUUGAUGGAAUGGCUCAAAGGGAUUUGGUUUCUUGGAAUUCCAUGAUUGCAAUAUGUGCACAAAGUGGAUUGUCCAAUGAGGCAUUGCAAGUCUUUUAUGAGAUGGUGAAGGAGGGUGGCUUCCUCUAUAAUGCAGUGACAUUGUCUGCUGUGUUGUUAGCUUGUGCGCACGCUGGGGCUCUGCUGGUGGGGCAAUGCAUACAUGAUCAGGUUGUAAAAAUGGGCAUGGAAGAGAAUGUGAUCGUGUCUACCUCUAUUAUUGACAUGUAUUGCAAGUGUGGAAGAGUUGAUAUGGCAAGGAAGGCAUUUGAUUGCAUGAAGGAGAAGAAUGUCAAGACCUGGUCUGCCAUGGUUGCAGGUUAUGGAAUGCAUGGUCGUGCCAAGGAGGCUUUGGAAGUCUUCUACAAGAUGAUAAGCCAUGGCAUUAAGCCAAACUACAUAACAUUUGUGUCGCUUCUAAAUGCUUGCAGCCAUGCUGGUCUAUUAGAGGAAGGAUGGUAUUGGUUUAAUACCAUGAACCAUGAGUUUGGUGUAAAACCUGGGAUUGAGCACUAUGGGUGCAUGGUGGACCUUCUUGGGCGUGCAGGUGAUCUCACUAAGGCUUAUAAUUUAAUAAAAGGAAUGACAAUGAAGGCAGAUUCUGUGGUCUGGGGUUCCUUUCUUGGGGCUUGCAGGAUACACAAAAACGUGAAGCUUGCGGAGAUUUCAGCUAGGAAACUGUUUGAGUUGGAUCCAAAUAAUUGUGGGUACUACAUUUUGCUUUCAAAUAUAUAUGCCGAUGCUGGGAGAUGGGAAGAUGUCGAGAAGAUGAGAGUACUAAUGAAGAAUCGUGGAUUGGCUAAACUUCCUGGAUUCAGUGUGGUUGAACUGAAAGGUAUGGUUCAUUUAUUUUUAGUUGGAGACAGAGAGCAUCCUCAGCAUAAAAAGAUUUAUGAGUAUUUGGAAAAAUUAACUAUCAAGCUGCAAGAAGUUGGCUAUGCACCUGAUAUGGCUUCAGUUCUCCAUGACGUUGAUGAAGAAGAGAAAGAAAUGACCCUGAGAGUUCAUAGUGAGAAGCUAGCUGUUGCCUUUGGAAUAAUGAAUACAGUACCUGGUACAACAAUUCAGAUCAUCAAGAAUCUUCGAGUAUGCGCUGACUGUCACACUGUGAUCAAGUUGAUUUCCAAGGUUAUGAAUCGGGAGAUUGUAGUCAGAGAUUCAAAACGGUUUCAUCACUUUAAAGAUGGGUUGUGUUCUUGUGGAGAUUUUUGGUAA